GAAGAAAUAAGGAAAAAAUAAAAAACUAUAAAAACCAGUAAUGAGCAAAAGCACACACAAGAAACUUACCACUUAAAGUUUUAUGCAUGCAUAUACAAACAUACAUACAAUAUAAUUCUUUUAGUUAGUCAGUUAAAUGUGUAGCAGCAACAAUAGUAGAAACCAGCACUAAUAAAAGCAACAUACAAUCACAGCACUAAUUAAAUACAACAGACUACAUAAAAAUAACAGUAAAAAAUAUAUGUACCUAUAAUAACAUAAUAGCACAGAUGAAGACAAGAAAAUACAAGAAAUGUAAGAAACAAGAAAAAGCACAAAAGAAAAAAGCUCACCUUUAUGUACAACACAACGGUCACAACUAUUGAAAUAUUUUGAAUAAUUCUCAGUUACAUGAGUUAUUCCAGUCGAUUAAAACGUUUGGAAAAAUUAUAUAAAAAAAAGAAGAAAAAAAAAAUAAGAAGAAAAAAAUAAAUAUUUUUCUUCGCUUUUACCAAACAAAAAAUCCGUUAUUUUCAUUUUUUUUUGUUGAUUUUCUUGUAUUUUUAAUAUUAAAAGAAGAAAAAAAAUUAUUUCAAAUUACAAAAUAAAAAAAACAGGUGUGUGCUUGAUGUAAAAUAGUUGAUCAGCGGCCAUUUAUAAUUUUUUUGCAUUUUUUUUUUUAAGUUUUAAUAUUAUAAAACAAAUUUUUAAUAUCUUUGAUCGUCUAAAAUCGAAAAAACAAUGAGAAUUUAAAGAUUCUCUUUAUAAUUAUCAUUUAAAAUAUGCAUAUUAUGCAUAUACAUGUUUUGUUUUGAUAAAUAAUAGUUAAAAAAAUUAAAAAAUCAAAAACAAUCAAUUUAAAUAAAAAAUAAUAAAAUUUUUCAAAAAAUUUUAUGUUAUUUUUUUUUGGAGAUAAAGAAAUAACAAAAAAGUGAAUAAAAAAGUGAUAAAAAACAAAAAAGAAAAAAUAAAAAAAUUUCAUAAUGCCGUUAUAUUGUUAUUAUAAUAGUAUAUGGCAUAGGAUAAUGCCAAUAAUAAAAUUUUCUUCAAUAAAAUCAUCACAAAUUUACUUUAUAUUUUUGAUUGUUGCAAGUUUUUGUAUAACAAAUGGAUUGGCUCAAUAUUCUGGUGAACCAUAUAUUGUCGGACCGACACCAGCGUUAAGGCAGCGUAAUGAAGAAUUAUCAACUGUAUUAAUUGUUAAUAAUGAUAAUCAAUUGCAUCGAGCCGGACAUUUUUUGAAUUUUAAACCAGAAGUUGGUUUAAUAACAAAAACAGCUCGUACAUUUAUACAAGAUGGUAUUGCAACUGAAUAUGCUACACAAAUUGUUGGUACAACAUUAGAUAAUGGACGUUUAUACGCACAAUUAUUAAAAAAAAGCUCACGUGUACUUAAUAAUAAUGAUAAUAUUAAUAAUAAUAACAAUGAUGAUAAUAUUAAUAAUGAUGAUAUAAAAACUAAAUCACCAAUUGUAAUAACAGCUGCUACAUAUUUACAAUCACCACAACAGCUAUCAAAUAACUAUAAUAACAACAAUAAUAAUAAUUAUGAUACUUAUAAUAAUAAAUAUCAACAACAAUAUAAUGUAUAUCAUAAUAAUUUUCAACAACAACAACAACAACAGCAGCAGCAAUAUCAGCAAAAUCAACAACAAAAUAUUCACAAUAACAAUAAUAAUAAAUAUGAUAGCAAUAAUUUUAUUAUUGAAGAUAAUAAUUGGUCAAAAAUUGAUGAUAAUUUAAUAAAAACUGAAUUAAUAAUGUUAAAAAAUGAUAAUAAUAAAAAUAAUGAUAAUAUUACAAUUGUAAAUAGUAAUAAUGGAGCACAAUUAGUAUAUUCAACAAAUGUAAGCGAUAAAAAGAAUUAUAAAAAUUUAUUUUUUAAUUCACAAUCACAAAAUCAACAACAAUUACAACAGAAACAACAAUAUCAACAAGAAAAACAGUUAUAUAAUAAUAUAAAUAAUACUAGUAGUAGUACUAGUAGUAGUAGUAGUAGUAGUAGCAGUACUAGUAGUAGCAGGAGUAAUAGCAAUAGUAAUACAAUUGUUAAUAGUAAUACAAAUAGCAAUAAUAUUAAAAAUAUAAAACAAAUUGAUAACAAUGAUAAUAAUAUACAAAAAAUUAAUGCAAAUAAAGUUCAAAAUGAUAUGAAUUUACAAACAUUUACUGUUAAAAAUGUUUUUGCACCAAGUGGUUAUUCAUGGGAUAAUAAUAAGAAAAAUGUUGAUAAUAUUAAUAAUAGUGAUGAUAAUAAUAAUCAUAAUAAUAAUAAUGAUAAUAACAAUCGUAAUAAUUAUGAUAAUAAUGAAUAUCAACAGCAAGAUAAUACAUUUCAACAAUUAGAUAAUAGACAACAACAAUUACAAAAUCAAUUGCUGAUAAAAUCAUCUUUAUCUUCUUCAUCAUCAUCUUUAUCAUCGUUUUCCGAUCAACAAAGAUCACCAAAAUUAUUAUCACGCGAUAAAAAUGAUUUUCUGACAAAUAUAAAUUUAAAUAAUAAUAAUAAUAACUCAAAUAAUUUAAAUUUACAAACAGUUACAUAUUAUGGUUUUGCUGAAUUUACAACAAAUGUUGGUGAUACCGUUAUAGUAUUUUCACCAAGUACAACACAAGAUCAAAUUAAUUUUAACCAAAUAACAUCAAUACGUGGUGAAGCAACAUUAGGUAAACAAAAUGAUUUAACUGGUACACAUAUUAAACAUUUGCCAAUACAAAUAACGCAAGAUUUAAUUGAACCAACAUUUACAAUGCAAAAAAUUUCAUUAGAUCAAACAGUAAAUUAUGUUUUGCCAGCAAAAAAAAAUUUAAUAAGCACUAACGAGGAUGCUAUUAAUAAUAACGAUAAUAAUGGUAGCAAUAUGGAUGGUAAUAUUGAAUUAAUGCAAAUGUCAUCAAUAGAUGAAAAUCAACAACAACAACAACAACAACAGGAAGAACAAUAUAAUGAUAACAUUGAAUCAUCUAUAAUUGAUGUCAAAGAUAAUGAAAAUACUAAUAAAUUAACGUUAUCAUUAUCAUCUAUGAAACCUUCUUCAAAAAUAUUAUCAUCAUCAUCAUCAAUAAUUGAUAACGACGUAACAAUUAAAGAUGAUAAAAAGAUAAUACAUGAAACUGAAGAAACACCAAUGUUAACAAAACCAUCAAAUGAAGAUAUAUUACGUGCAUUAGCAUCAAUUGCAUCUGCUGAAGCUGAACGUAAGAAAUCAUUAAUUUUAACUGACGACCAACAGCAAAAACAGCAAUCUCAACAUUCUGAAGAGCAAGAAAUAAAACCAACAACAACAAUAAGUCAAGAAAUAAAAAUUUCUGGAGGUGCAACAACAAUUUUCUUUGAAGAUGACCCAUUCGCAGCAUUUGAUAAGACUUCAUCAUCAACGAUAUCACCAUCAUCAAUAAUAUCAUCAUCAUUAUUACCUUCAUCGAUAUUAUCAUCAAUAAUUGAAGAAUCAGAAGAAAAAAUAUCAACAAAUAUAACAGAAAAUUUAAAUAUUAGUAAUAAUGAAAAUGACAAUAACAGGAAAAUUGUUAUUACAACCGAGAAAAAUGAUGAUAAUGGCUAUGAAACAACUGAUAAUAUUGAUAAUAAUGAAAUAACAACCGAAUUAGAUUCGUUAAAAUUAAUAACUACAACAUUAAAAACAUCCGAUGAUGAAACAGAUUUUAAUGAAAAUGCUAAUGAUAACAAUAAUAAAUUAUUAAAUAAAAAUGAUAAUAAUAAUAAUAAUGUAAAUGAUAUAAAUAAUGAAAAUACAGAUGAUAAAUGUCAAUUAAAUAAUCAGUUAAAUACUAAAAUUGUAAUGGAAAAAAUACCAAAAACAUUAACAUAUUUAACAACAUAUUUUGAUGAUGAUACAACAUCAAUUGAAUCAAGUAUAUUAUCAACAUAUGAUAUUAUUGAAUCAACAAAAAUUUAUUGUGAAUCAACAUCAAUUGAUUCAACAAUUAAAACAACAAAAUUAUAUGAAAAUAUUGAUCAAGUUAUUGAAAAACCAAAUAACAAUAAUAAUAAUGAUAUAGAAUCACAAUUAAUAACAACAACAGAUACAAUAUUAAAUAACGAUAACAAUAACAAUGAAAUAACAACAAUAAAUAAUAUAGAAAAAGCAGAAAAUAAUUAUGGUAAUAAUGAAAAAAUUUCAUCUGAUUCAAUAUCAAUUGAAACUACACCAAAUAUGAUAAUAAGUAAAAAAAUUCAUGUAACAACAACAACUGAACCAAAUAAUGGUGAAAUUUUCAAUGAUGGUAAUAAUGAUAAAGAUGAUGAAAAUUCAACAACAAUUAGAACAACAACAAUUAAAUCAAGAAAACUAAAAAAUAAAAGUAAAAUAAAUGCAACGACAACAAAAUCAACAUUAAUAACAAAUGAAUCAAUUGAUGAUAAUAUUGAUACAACAGCAACAACAACAACAACACAAUCUUCAUCGUCAUCAUCAACAACAAAAAAUAAUGACGAUAAUGAUACUUUAUAUAAUAAUAAUGAUAAUGAUGAUAAUACAGAUAAUGUGAAUGAUGACGAUAUUGAUGAUGAUGAUGAUGACGAUAAUGAUGAUGAUAUAGAUAAUGAUAAUGAUAACGAUGACGAUGAGGAAAUUGAAUUAAUAUAUAAAACAUUAUACACAACUUAUACAUAUUUAACAACAUUCUUUCAUGAUACAACAACAAGUAUAUCAAGCCGUAAAGAAAUCGUAACUAAUAUAAUAACAUCAACGUUAUUACCAAUGCAAAUACAACAAUCUACAUUGAUUUCUAAUUCUGAUACCAAUAACAAUAAUAAUAAUGAUGCUGUUAAACCAUCUGACUUAAUUGAAAUUGAUGAUAUACUAUCAAAGAAUGAUAAAAAUAUGGAUGAUAUAUUGUUAACAUCAUCAUUAUCAUCAACAAUUCCAUUAAUAUCACCAACAAAAACAUUAUUUACAACAUAUACAUAUUAUACAACAAUAUUUGUUGAUGGUGAAACCGAAAUAAUGAGUCGUACAGAAAUUUUUACAAAUUAUCUCAAUAAUGAUGACAAUAAUAAUAAUAAUAAUAAUAGUAAUAAUGAUAAUAUUAUUAACACAAAUAUAAAUAUAGGUAAUAAAGAUAGCAAUAAUGAAAAAAAUGAAAUAAAACCAACACCGAGAGAUUUGAAUUUAGAAGAAACAUUAUAUGUUAAGGAUAAUAUUAUAUUAGAUAACCAGAUAAAAUUAUCAUCAUUAAAAUAUGAUACAAUUAAUAGAUUAACAUUAAAAUCACAAAUAUCAAAUGAUGAUGAUGAUAAUAAUAAUAAUAAUAAUAAAGAUAUAUUAAUUAAUAAUGAUAAUAAUAAUAAUAUUACAACAAAAAUUUCAAUAAUUGAUGAUCAAAUAAGUUCUGAAAGUAAUACUGAAGAUAUAUUACCAUCGCCAACAUUAUUAUUACAAACAAGUUAUACAACAUUUACAUAUUAUACAACGAUGUAUAAUGAUGAUAUAACAAACGUUAUAAGUCGUUUAGAAACAGUAACAAAUUAUGUCACGGAAACAUUAAAAAAUUCAAAUGAUAUAAUUAAUAUUAAUAACAUAAAUGAUAAUAAUAAUAAGGACAAUAUUAAUAAUAAUAAUAAUAAUAAUAAUAUAAAUAGUAAUAAUGAUACAAAAUUACCAAUCACAUAUUUUACAACAUUUACAUAUUGGACAACAUUGGUUAAAGAUGGACAAAUAACAACCAUUAGUCAUGAAGAGACAAUAUCAAAUAUUAUAACUCCAACAAUAUUACAGUCAAAUAACAUAGAACAGGAGAAAACAUUAAUUGCUAGCAAUAUAAAUGAUAAUAAUGAACAGAUAAUAAUACCAACAAAAUUUAUUAAAAAUAAUGAUAUAUUAAUUAAAACAAGAUUAAUUGGUGGUGAUGAUAAUGAUAAUGACAAUAACAAUAAUAAUAGUAAUAUUGAUAAUGAUGAUGAAAAUAUACCAAAAAUUAAGCCAUCAAUUAUAUUAACAGAACCAACAACAUUUUAUACAACAUUUACAUAUUAUACAACAUCAUAUUCGGACGAUGAAACAAUUGUUAAUAGCCGUCUUGAAACAAUAACAAAUGUUGUUGAACCAUCAAUAAUACCAUCAUUAAUACCAAAUGGUAGAUCAAUUGAUAUUAAUAAUAAUAAUAAUAAUUUAAUAAAUAAUAAUGAUAAUAAUAAAAAUAAUAAUAAUAUUGAUUUAUCAUCAUCAAUUUUGUCAUAUUCUGAUUUAAUUGAAACAUCAAUGCAAAAUACGAAUGAACAUGAUUCAAGUACUCCACAAUUAAAUGAUGAAAAUUUAAUAUCAAUUGAUAUUAAGAAAAUUAUUGAUUCUGAUGAAAUAAGUACAAUAUAUUAUACAACAAAAGUAUAUAAAACAAAUGUAAAUGGUGAAUUAAAAGAAAUAACAAAAAGCACAUCAUCCAUAAAUAUUGAUGAAGUUAAAAAAUCAUUACAAUCAAUUACUGAUUCAUCAUCAUUAUCAUCAAACACAAAUAAUAAUGAUAUAACAGAUGGUGAAUCAUCAUUAUCACCAUCAUCAACGAGAUCAUAUAAAACAGGAUUAGUACGUUCAAUUGAAGGUACAAUGAUAUCAAAUAAUACAACAACGUUAUAUAAAUCAAAAGUAAUUGGUACAAUUAUUGAUGGUCGUUAUGCACAAAUAAUUGAAAGUACAUCAAGUUAUUUAAUUGAUAAAUUAUCAACGAAUAUAAAUGAUAAUAGUGAUAAUAAUAAUAAUGAUAAUAAUGUAAAAUUAACACCAACAAAAUUAUCAUCGUUAUCAUCAUCAAUUUUACAAAUAAAACCAACACAAAUAAAUAUUAAUAAUAUACAAUUAUUGGGUGGCUCAAUUGAUUCAGUGCAAUCAUCUUCAUCAACUUCAGCAUUAAAUGAUGAACAACAAAAUAAUAAAGAUAAUAAUGAUGGUAUUACAACUGAUGAUGAACAAGAUAAUGAUUCAGAUAAUAAACGUGGUGGUUUAUUAGGCCGAAAAAAAACAUUUACGCCAGUUAUAAGACCAUUUGCCUCACGUAAUCGACCACAUUUUGCACCAAAAAGGAAAAACUUAUCACAAAGUAGUGCAACAAUAAUAACAAGAUCUGAUUUUACACCAACAAUAACAGCAACACCCGCAUUUAAAGCAGAACAAACGUCAGUAAGAGGACGUUUUAAUAAUUUACGACGUAAUAGUAAUACAAAUAAUUUACAAUCAAAUUCAAUAUCAGCGUCAAUAUCAUUAUCAUCAUCAAUUAAUAGUCCAAGACGAUUUUCAAGACCAUCAAAAAUUGCGUCAUCAUCUCAAUUAAAUAAUAAUAAUAAUGGUAAUUUGCAAUCAACACGCGGCGGUAAUAAUAGAUCGUCAUUAAGAAUUCAACCAAGCUCAACUAGUUUAUUACAAGGUACAAAUAGUGGUACCUCAAGACGUAUUGGUGCUAUUAAUUUAAAAACUAGUAAUAUCGUACCUACCGGUAGACAAAUAUCAAGUGUAUAUUUAGGUAAUUCUAGAUUACGUAUAAGACCAUCAUCAAUAUUAUCUAGCAGUUUAUAUAAUACUAAUUCAAUACAAUCAGUACAAUCAACAACAGAUUCAGAUAAUAUUAAUGAUGAAAAUUCUACUCAACAAAUUGACAAUGAUAAUAAUGAAGAAGAAGAACAAAUUGAUACAACCACAGAAAAUUCAAGACGUUUUAAUAAUCCAUUAUUAAAAUUUCGUCGCCCUGGUACAUUAAACCGACCAAUAUCUAACAAUAAUAAUGCGAAUAAUAAUGCUAAUAAUAGUUUACGUACCCAAACACAAAAUCAAAUUUCAACACGUAGAAAUCCAUUAACACAACGUGCUAAAUCAACAACAACUACUCCCAUAUCAAUAAUAACAACAACAACAUCUAAACCACGUCCAAGAACAUUUCAAAGACCAAAUUUACCAACAUUACAAAAUCGGCCAAGACCACAAAAUAGUUUAUUCCCACCAAGAGGUUUAUUCCAAGCCCAAAAUAUAAAUCAAGAUUUAGAUAGUGAUAAUAAUAAAAAAUCACCUGAUAAUGAUAAUGAUGAUAUAAAUGAUGAUAAUGAUGAAUAUGAUGAUGAUGAUACUGAUAAUGAUGAUAAUGAUAAUGAAAGACGGAAACGUCAUCAUAAUAAAAAUUUAGAGAAACACCAAACACAAGCAACAACAACAGUUUCAAAUUCACAACAAAGUUCUAAAGAUAAUUUAAUUAAUUUAAGUAAACGUCGUUCGAAACGUCAAACAGAAUAUGGGACUAGAAGUAGCAAUUUUCGUAAUAGAUUUCGUAGACCACCAACACAAAGUAGUUCAAUAAAAAAUAAUGUUUUAGCUGAAGAACGUUCUGAUUUUGUAAGUGAAGAAGAUGAACAAACACAAAGCAAACAACAGCAAUCAUCACAACAGCAACAAUCACCAAAUGGUAACCGACAACGUGGCUCACGAUACACUAAUCGUACACCAAAAUCUUCAUCAAAAUUGAAUUUAUCACAGCAAUCAAAUUCAAAAUCGAAUACAAAUGAUGAUAAUAAUAAUAACAAUAAUAACGGUAAUCGUAUUAGACCAACAAAGCCAACAUCUGGUAGAACACCAUUUACAUUAAGACCAAAUGAUAAUAAUAAUAAAGACCUCACUAGUGUUACAAAAUCACAAACCCAACGUGCUAAUUUUCGACGUCCACCAACAUCUGCAUCACGUCGUUCAACUGUAAGCCGUGCAAAACAACCACGUCUUAAAAGUUUUACAAAUACCGUAACUGAAUCACCUUAUCCAUCACGUAGUACAAAUCAGCGUCAACGUACAACCAGCCGUGGACGUUCAACAACAAGAUCCCGUAAUCGUGGUACAACAAAUGAUUUUAUUAUCGAUCAAAUUUUACCAAGUUUUGAUGGUACGAUAACAGUAACACAUCACAUACCAACUGAAAUAACGAUACCAGUUGUUAAUGGUAAAAUAACAGAAUACAAAAAUGUUAUAACAGCAAAACCAAGUACAGAAUUAUUAGGACCAAAUCAAUAUAAUACACAAAUAAAUCGUAAUGGAAAUACAUAUUUAGUUAUUAAUAAUGAUAAAACAUCAAUUAAUUCAAAUGGUAUUACAGAAGUAACACAAUUUAUAUUAAAUGAAACACCAACAACUGCUGUUAUAUUUACACCAACAACAAUACGUGGUAGACGUACAUCAUUUUCACAUAUAAUACCAUCAACUGUAUAUGAUGUUGAAAAUGUUGUAUCAACCUUAAAGCCACAAAUAGCUGCUAAUGCACCGUUAGCCAAUAUAUUGUUAUCUCAAUUGUUAUUAGGUAAUAUUGGAUUACAACAACAAAAUCCAAUUAAUUCAAUAUUGGGCAUACAACAAUUACAGCCGAAUAUUGGUGCUAUCGGUACACCAGUAACAGAAUAUAAAACACGUACAACAUCAUAUGUAACAACAGUAACAAAUGGUAUGUCAACAGUUAUACCAUUAACGUUCCAUGGUAAAGAAAUUUUAACAACAAUAUAUGAUACUAGUACAAGUGUUAUAACAGCAACUGAAUUUAUAACUGAUACAAUUGUUGUUACACCAACCCAACAAUCUGUACCACAAGUAAAUAGUUUAUUAUUGUUAUUACAACAACAACAACAGCAACAACAACAGCAACAACAAGCAGCAGCAGCUGCUGCAAUAUUAGCAGCCCAACAACAACAACAGCAAAAUUCACAACACCAACAACAAUUUGGUAACAUAUUACAACCUGAUUUAACAAACGGUAUAAAUGGCAUUAGUUCGCCACAAGUAAUUGAUCCAAAUUCAGCUCAACUUUUAUUACAUGAAAAUAUACAACAAGAAAUUAAUAACAAUCAUUUACAAAAAUUAUCAACAUUAGAUGAAUUUCGUGAUGUUAGGGAAUCUGUUGAUGAUAACAUUCAUGAUAUUGAGAAUGCUAAUGGUAAUAACAACAACAAUAAUAAUGGUCAACAAUUUCAACAACAAAUUUCGACAAAAAAAAUAAAUGACUCAAAUGGUAGUAACCAAACAAAUAAAAGAAAAAAAAAUAAGAAAGGCCAUAAAAAUCAACAUCAACAUCAUCAACAGCAACCUUUAGGUAACGACAAUAUUCAACAUCAACAGCAGCAACAACAAUUAGAAACAAGCAUUGUUACAUUAUAUGUAUCCGGUCGACGUCCGGGUGAAUUUAGUACUGUAUUGUCAACGUAUUAUCCAGAAAAUAAUUUACAUAAACGUGAAAUUUUACAUAAUAUUAAUAAUGAUGAUGAUAAAAAUAUGAAAUCGAAAGUUAAUCAAGAGAAAUCUAUGACAAUUGAUAAUUUUGAUGAUUUAAGUGAUAUUAUUAAAGCAUCUGAUAGUAAUAUACAAGAAUAUUAUUUACCUAAUCAUUUUAUAAAUAAUAACGACAAUAACAAUAAAACAGGUAAUAAUAAUAACAAUAGUGAUAGUAAUAUUAAUAAUGAUAAUAUAUCAAUAAAUAACAAUAUAUUAUCUUCUAGUCAUGAAGAAAUUUUAAAUAAUUACGAGACACAAAGUUUAGAAAGUAUUGUCGGUGAUGUAAGUUUAUGGUAUGAAAAAUCAUCAUCUGUAAAUAAUAAAUUUAAUAAUAUGAAAACAAAAGAACAACCAUUAUUACAACAUAAUACAGAAUUACUUAAAAGUACGAAAAUUGUGUUUGAUAAUAAAAAUAAUGAAAAUAGUAAUAAUAAUGAUAAUAAUAAUGGUAAUAUGAAUUCAAAUUAUUUUUUAUUGUAAAUGACCUAUCUGAAUUAAUAUCCCCAAUUCAUGAUAAGGUCAAUUAUUUAAAUAAUAAUAAUAGUUAUUAUUAUUACUAUAAUAACAUUUAUAAUGAUGAAAAUUUUGUAAAUAUAAAUAAUAUGAACAAUUUUAUGA